AUGAUGAUUGCAUCCACCCAUCCUAACCCCCCACGUUCAACUUUUUGCUGCCGAUCCCCCGCUUUCGUCAUGUUUAGUGGGGAGCUCAGCACCUCUGGUGUUUAUCCGAUCCAAUCCUUCUCGCUUCUCAUCAUGUGUGAGAGAAUGGGCUACUGCAAGGGCAGUAGGGGUGCCAUUGCGACAUCUGCUUCGCCUCCGGUUGUUCGGCCCUGUGUAUGGCAUCGAGAGGGCAGUCAGCCAAAAUACACGCUCAGUUACUACUGAAACACUGAUAGAUUUAUGUUUGCAUGUAAAUUACGGGUCC